CACCUUUUGUCAUUCUGCUAUGAUGAACACCACAUCCCUUAUUAUGGCAAGUAUAACAAGAAUAUGUUGUAUAUGAUUUUGUAACUGCAGCUAAAAUAAAUUACAGUAGUACAGCAAUAACAGUAAAUUGUCUACCAAUCAUAAUACCGUACGUACAAGUAGAUUGACUCCUGCGCCCCACCAUACAUUGAUAGAGUAUUUCCCACAAUGCUGCGUAAUGUUUUCGUUGUGGCCAAGAUGGCCGCUGCAGUUUCAAGUCGUCCUGGUUGUUUCUUUCAACGGACGUUAUCUUCGCUGGGCAAUGCCCCCUCUCAUUCAGAAUUCACCAGGACGUGCAGAGAGCCACUGUAUCUAAUAUCUAUUGACCGAUACAUUAAAGACUUGACUUUUGGAAUACAUUUCCCACAAGCCGUUAACUCCUCGGAGAACCUGUACGAUGCCACGGUGAGCGACGGCGACUGCAAACUGCGGGUCACCAUUCAUCCGAGUCUCAACUCACUAGUGGAAAGUAACACGCUGCGAUGCGGCUGCCAGCUGCGAAAUGUGACCUUUUCUGUUGGCGGGGAGAGAAAGAGUCAAAAGGGCGGCUGUCACACUUACGGGGUGGUGAACUUGACAGUGGACUCAGAGGCGGGGGAGGACGCGGCUCUCGACGCGCUUUGCGGGAUCGACAUAGAUGCACUUCCCUGGUUCGGGUCGGAUGGAGAUGGUCCAUGUCUCCUUCCUUUGCGGGCCCAGAGAAGCUCGUAUCUGCCUUUGUGGAAUAACCAGGAUUACAACGGUGAGAUGUGGAGAGACGGUCCCCCCGGCUCCGCCUCAAACACAGAUUCCGACACAGAGGAAGAUAUGGAAGAUCUGCACCCCACAGUCACCAUACAGAAGAUCAGACGGAGCUUUCGCAGUCGCUCCCGGGUCGCCAAAGGGGUCCUAUUGGUUCGGAUCCUUCGCAAAUCUCGGCUGGUUUAUUACGGCAAGUCGGAACGUAACUGUGAAUGCGCCUAUAAGACCGUAUUGGAGGUGGCAGACCGAACUGGUUUGGCCAGCGUAGUUCUGUGGAACACGCUGUGCAUAGAGUGGUACCGCAGUCUUCAUCCAGGACAGCUCCUUCGGCUUUCCCAGUACCGAGUAAAGGAGAGCUACCUCAGUAGGAUGGGAGAGAGUCAGGAGGCGGACAUAGAAAUCAGUGUGAAUUCCAGGAAUCCUACAGCGCACAUCUCUGUUAUUCCACAAACUGAGGACUUUCCACAGCUGCUCCUGCCUGAUAUCUCGUACUCGUUCUACUGCGGGAUAGACCUUCUGAACUGUUCCACUGGUGCCACCUGUGAUGUCAUCGGCCUGGUAGUGUUCGUUGGACGUCCAGAACGUAUCAAGAGCAAGGAAAGUCAGGGAGCAGAAUUAUGGGAAUAUCGCUGGCUACAGUUGGAGGAUGGGACCACAGACUUUCCGAUCGUGAUUCAGCUGUUCUCCACAUCACAGCCGGAAAUACACUGCAGAAUACACCCAAUGUCCAUAGUGGUCUGUACAAACAUGCAGCUGGUGAAAACCGCUCCUGACAGACUGUCGUCUUUCCAGUACCUGACCAGCACGACUUUCACCCAGGUGUACUGCACAGGUUCAGGUCACCACUCUGCCAUGCCCUACAGAAGACUCCGCCCAGUCCGGCGUUUCAUCCAAUGGGCACAGACGGUGGACGAGAGCCGAUUGCUGGGCAGAGUGGUUGUGGGUGGGUUCUUCACCUAUCCACCCCUCCCAGUGUCACUGGAGCAGUUCCUGAAGAGCAAAAAGGGCGAGCCGGCCCUCGUCAGCGGGGCGGAGCUGAGGAGGGAGGCGGAGAGGCUGCAGUACAGAGAGAUGCGCAGGUUCGCCGUCCAGGCCACGAUCACCGCGGUGUCACACAGCGGCACAGGAGGGACGACCAGCCUGCUUGCUGUCUCUGACUCUGCCGCAUCCCCUUCUGUGUGCUCCCAGUUGGACCACAGCGGAGCCGUUCCUGACCCGGCGACCCAGUGGAUUCCCGUCAUUCCGGGUUGUUCGGGCACAUACCCCGAGCCCAAUUCCCCGCAAACCUCCGUCAAGCUCAGUCCCAGAUCUCCCAGACUGCGGGCGAGGUCUGGAUCGGUUCAGAACGGGUCAGCGGCAAAGACGAAGCUGUUUGGAAGCAUGGAGCCACCCAGGAAGAGGUUGGCCCUGCCUCUCCGCCCCACAGAAGAAUCGAACACAGAGGAGGAGGCAGACAUAGACUACACCUUGUGGGAUGCUUCUAUGGAGUUCCUGGAGAAGGAGGAUGAUGAGGAGGAUGAGGCAGAUGAAGAGCAGGCUGGCUCCGUAGGGAUCGUCCAUCCUGACCCCGUGGGCCUCCACACUUCCCAGUGCCCCACGCUGGGUGUGGCUCUUGCCCCCAGGGAGACCGUGCCGAGGCAGUUUCACCCCCAGAGGAGGGAGGUCCAGAUGGCAGCGGCCGGCCUCCAGCCAGGCCGGCUGCAGGACACCCUCCCGUGCGGCAAGCUGGACACGUUUGCGCCAAGCGCUUUCUACAGCGGACACUACACGCUGGCCCUCAGAGCUCUCACCGACAGCGUCUCGGUGAACGCCCUGUUUCUCCCUGCCUCCCCUGGGAACCUGCACUGGUGCCCCUACCCCCAGCCCCACAGCAACAGCUGGGAGGACAUCCUGUCACAUGGAGGCUUUUCUCCAUCCUCCCCCCCACCAGCACCCUCUGAUCUGGUCGCCACGGCAACUGAACUGACCAGUAAGAGGCUGCUGUGUGUACUGGAGGUAUGUCAGCUGGGCAGGGCCAGGCUGGAGGUGGUGCUGACCCGGGCAUUUGCAACCUGUGGAUCUGGACGUUAGCUCUGCUGAAUACAUCAUGGGCUUUGGUUCCUGUUGGCCCCUAGGGCACAGAACCUGAGUCCUUGUACGCCAUCAUCCAUCCCUGUGUGGCUGGGGUUUCACAUACCAAGACUAAGUUCUUAAACCCUGAACAUGCUUCUUGAUUGUUGAUUUGUACAUCCAAUCUGAUUGGAUUCAUCUGGAAUAAAGCGUGUCUAAUUUCAGUUUUUGGACUGCCGUUCUA